UCCGCCGGGGACUUUGCUCCAGCCCCGCACCCCGCACCCCGCACCAGCCCGGGGGGGCGGGAACGGAGCCGCCAUCGGCGCUGCCACCCUCCUGCUGUAAGAAUCCACCCCCCCCGUUUGCUCCUUGGGGGAACAGUUCCCCCCCCCCCCCCCAUCGCCAUUGUCACCCCCCCCAUCGUCACCCACCCCGGAGCCGCCAUGUCCUCAGCCACCCCGGCCAAGUAUCCCUUCAAGAAGCGGGGCAGCCUGCAGGCCCCCAGCCCCGCAGUGACACUGUGCCCACAGAGCUGCGGGGGGGUGGUCCAGGCUCCCGGCCCCUGCAGUCAGCCCGGUCCCUCCCCGGGACCCCCCACUCCCUGAAGCAUUUCCCCGUCGAUCUCCGCACAUCCAUGGAUGGAAAAUACAAGGAAAUCGCUGAGGAGCUGUUCUGUCGCUCUUUGGCUGAGAGCGAGAUGCGGACGGCGCCGUACGAGUUCCCUGAGGAGAGCCCCAUCGAGCAGCUGGAGGAGCGGCGGCAGCGCCUGGAGCGGCAGAUCAGCCAGGACGUCAAACUCGAGCCCGACAUUUUGCUCAGAGCCAAACAGGACUUCUUGAAAAUUGACAGUGCUGCCGACUUACAACUCUACAAGGAGCAGCACGAGGACCUGGUGGACCAUGUCCCCAAGGAGCGGGAAGUGCUGCUGGAGCGGGAGUUCCAGAGGGUCACCAUCUCGGGGGAGGAGAAAUGUGGGGUGCCCUUCACGGAUCUUCUGGAUGCAGCCAAGAGUGUGGUGAAGGCUCUGUUCCUGCGGGAGAAGUACAUGGGCUUGUCCCUCCAGAGCUUCUGCAAAACCACAGCUCGGUACCUGCAGGAGCUCUCUGAGAAACCCCUGGAGACCCGCGGCUACGAGGAGGUCCCCGAGACCCCCGUGGCUGCUGAUGCUGCCGUGCACCCCCCCUUUGCUGACCAGCACCCCUAUGAGAGGUGGGACCCCCAGACCAUGCCAGCAGAUCUGGGCUUUGGGCUGAAGAUGGUGGAUGGUGUGGUGCACGUCUACACCAAGCAGGACCUCACAGACAAGAGCACAGAGCUGGAUCUGCCAUACCCCGACCUGCAGGAGUUCAUCGCUGACAUGAACUUCCUGAUGGCACUGAUCAUCAACGGGCCCAUCAAAUCCUUCUGCUACCGCCGGCUGCAGUACCUGAGCUCCAAGUUCCAGAUGCACGUUCUGCUCAACGAGAUGAAGGAGCUGGCAGCCCAGAAGAAGGUUCCUCACCGGGACUUCUACAACAUCCGCAAGGUGGACACCCACAUCCACGCCUCGUCCUGCAUGAACCAGAAACAUCUCCUACGCUUCAUCAAACGGGCCAUGAAGAAACAUCUGGAUGAAAUCGUCCACGUGGAGAAGGGCAAGGAGCAGACACUCAAGGAGGUCUUUGAGACAAUGAACCUCACUGCCUACGACCUGAGUGUGGACACGCUGGACGUCCACGCGGACCGCAACACCUUCCACCGCUUCGACAAGUUCAAUGCCAAGUACAACCCCAUCGGGGAGUCCAUCCUGAGGGAGAUCUUCAUCAAGACAGACAACCGCGUCUCAGGGAAGUACUUUGCCCACAUCAUCAAGGAGGUGAUGUCUGACCUGGAGGAGAGCAAGUACCAGAACGCUGAGCUGCGCCUCUCCAUCUACGGCCGCUCCCGGGACGAGUGGGACAAGCUGGCCCGCUGGGCCGUCAGCCACCGCGUCCACUCCAACAACGUCCGCUGGCUCGUCCAGGUGCCCCGGCUCUUUGACGUCUACCGGACGAAGAGGCAGUUGGCCAACUUCCAAGAGAUGUUGGAGAACAUCUUCCUGCCCCUCUACGAGGCCACCGUCCACCCUGCCCAACACCCAGAGCUGCACCUCUUCCUGGAGCACGUGGAUGGCUUUGACAGCGUGGAUGAUGAAUCCAAACCGGAGCAUCACAUCUUCAACCUGGACAGCCCCUUGCCAGGCAACUGGGUGGAGGAGGACAACCCCCCCUACUCCUACUACCUGUACUACAUGUACGCCAACAUGACGGUCCUCAACCACCUCCGGCGGAAGAGAGGCUUCCACACCUUUGUGCUGCGCCCACACUGCGGGGAGGCAGGGCCCAUCCAUCACCUUGUCUCAGGCUUCAUGGUCUCCGAGAACAUCUCCCAUGGUUUGCUGCUCCGCAAGGCCCCUGUCCUGCAGUACCUCUACUACCUGGCACAGAUUGGCAUUGCCAUGUCCCCCCUCAGCAACAACAGCCUCUUCCUCAGCUACCACCGCAACCCCCUGCCCGAGUACCUCUCCAGGGGGCUCAUGGUCUCCCUCUCCACUGAUGACCCCCUCCAGUUCCACUUCACCAAGGAGCCACUGAUGGAGGAGUACAGCAUUGCCACCCAGGUCUGGAAGCUCAGCUCCUGUGACAUGUGUGAGCUGGCCCGCAACAGCGUCCUCAUGAGCGGCUUCUCCCACAAGGUGAAGAGCUACUGGUUGGGUCCUCACUACCUGAAGGAAGGUCCAGAGGGCAAUGACAUCCGUCGCACCAACGUCCCCGACAUCCGCGUCAGCUACCGCUACGAGACCCUGUGCCAGGAGCUGACCCUCAUCACCCAGGCAGUGCAGACCGAGGAGCUGGAGACCAUCCAGGAGGAGGACGUUCUCACCAUCACCUCCACUCUGCCCACCCACUGACUUCCCCCACCCCGGGCUCUUUUGUCCCCAGCUCCUGCAGGGACCUCGCUGCCACCACCCCGCAUCCCUCCAGGGCUUCGCCGCCGUCCCCCUCCUGCUACGUCCU